AUGGCUCCCCAGCCCUCAAAUACACGUGCUGCCCAGCCCUCAAAUACACGUGCUGCCCAGCUCACAACAUCUGGAUUGGGCGCCCAAUUCGUCAGUCCACGGAAACCCAGAAACAAACUCAAGACCCAGACGUUAGUCGAGCUGCCCGGGCAGAAAGCAAAGCAAGAUAAACUACAAGCCAAGUUAGCAGCCCUCCUCGCAGGAAAAUCAACUUCAAGUUCUGAACCAACCACUACUUCCACCUCACCUGAUAUCGAGAACACUCCCGCCGAUGCUUACGAGGAUUCCUUCAUCGAAAACGAAGUUUUUCCACUUAUUCAACCUGACGAAUCUGUUCCGCCACUAAACACCUCUGAAUGUAUUAAAAGUCAUCGAAUUCUACCUGAUGUCGCCGCCGCACGCUUAUACGAUACCUGGAAAACACUGAUACCCACACUCGUUGAUGUUCAACUCGGGUAUACUCAGAGGACCGUCGGCAAGAUUCUCGAGCGACCUUCAACGGUCUUGUCUGCAUGUCGCUCCCGGAAAUGUGCACAAAGGCGCACGACCUUGAUUGGACUAUUCUUCGAUAGUUUCACCUCCCUCGACGUCUUGAGCUGCAGAUGCGCUACUGCAGCUCAAGUCCUGAUUCUGCACGGUUUGUUCCCCACUUCACCCUCCCAGCCGCGUAUGGCAGUGUCUACGGACUUGCUCGCAUUCUAUCGCGCGCUUUUCGAGCGCUCCUGUGAUGCUGUAAAUGCACUCGCAUCUGCCCUUCACACGCAUUACGU